UUUUAAGUGACUUAAAGCUGUGUGUGUCACUAAAUAAGCUGGGGUUAAGGUGAAUGGGUGGCCCCAGAUAACUGAUAACGUUACUUCCUACUCUCCUACUUCCUACUAACGCCGACUUGACUGGAGUAAACCGUAGUGAAUGUUAGCUUAGCUAACUUUAGCUGGCUAGCUAACUUAGCUAGCUAGGUUGCUAAAGUUGCGUAGGUUAAACAAAAACAAAAAGACAAUAUUGAAUCAAAUGUAACGUUAAUAUGUGGUGGACGAGAAUUCCCGCCAGGCUUAACAGUGUUAUUCCUGUCAUUAACGCCUCUUUAGUUAGCUAGCGUUAGUUAACUAGCUAGCUACGACUUCCUUGUUUUGUCUUGGAAAAGAACAGUGCUUGGUUUGAAUGAACUGUCAACAGAUUUUUCAGUGCUGAAUAACAUUAUAGCACGUGACUAGCUGCAGUCGAGUGACUUAACUAAGUUAGUUCUCGUGGGCGAUUUAGACAAAACAUGGCAUUUGCGAGAGAAUUUAAGGCCAUAUUGUUCUCUGCCCGGAGUAUGUUACUGAAUUCCCGAGUGAGUUUAUCCCGUGUGUCUGAUAAGGUACUGACCAGCCCGGAGGACAUUGCUAAGCUCUACCGGGAGCAGAGUCUUUUCCCCUCCCUCAGCCGCGCCGACGUGGGGCCAGUUAUCACUUCACAGUAUGGAGGAAAGUACAGCAACAUCUCCACAGAGUGGACUCAGCGGGAUCUGGAGAGAAAUGAGAAUGUAAAAUUCUGCCGGCAGUACAUUGUAUUUCAUGAUGACAAAUCAAUAGUCUACUCAGGCCCCUCUGGAAACUGCACAGAAAUCAAGGGAGAGUUGCUGAGCAAAGACUCUCCCUCUGGGGAUAUGAAGGCUGUUGUGAGGGCAUGCACUAUCAAAGGAGAGGAGAAACAGUUUCUCGAGAUCUGGCAUAAGAACAGUAAGAUAAAAAGCCUCAACCUUACUGCACUGAAGAAGCAUGGAAAGGUGUAUGAAGAUGAUCAGUUUGGCUGCCUAGUUUGGUCUCACUCUGAAACUCACCUCCUGUAUGUGGCAGAGAAGAAGCGGCCCAAAGCAGAGUCUUACUUCGAGUCAGGGUCUGAACCCAGUUUGCUUGGUGACGAGGAGGAGGAGGCGGUGAAAGCUGAGAAGAAGGAGGAUACCGUCAAGGGUGACCAGUUUGUGUAUUAUGAGGAUUGGGGAGAGGCUCUGGUCAGCAAGAGCACACCUGUGCUCUGUGUUUUGGACAUAGAGGGUAACAAUGUAUCUGUGCUAGAGGGCAUACCGGACAACAUCUCCCCAGGGCAGGCAUUCUGGGCACCUAAUGACACUGGUGUGGUAUUUGUAGGAUGGUGGCAUGAGCCAUUCAGACUGGGCCUGAAAUACUGUCCCAAUAGAAGGUCUUCUCUGUUUUAUGUGGAUCUUACUGGUGGGAAAUGUGAACAGUUGUCGUCAGACUCCGCUGCAGUCUGCUCUCCUCGUCUGAGUCCAGACCUCUGCCGCAUUGUCUAUCUUGAGUGUGGAGUGUAUGGCCCACAUCAGCAAUGCAGCAAGCUGUGCAUGUAUGACUGGUAUACAAAGAAGACAUCAGUGGUAGUUGAUGUGGUCAGGAGAGCCGGUGAAGAUGGCUUUACUGGAAUCUACAGCUCCAUGCUGUCUCAUCAAUGCUGGUCAACUGACAGCAAGCGAGUCCUUGUAUCCUGUGCUCAGCGAAGCCGCAAGGAUCUUCUAGUGGUUGAUACUUCUACAGGCCAAGUCACAUCUCUCACCUCUAAGUCUGACAUGGGAAGUUGGUGUCUGCUGACCAUUCAAAGGGACUUGAUGGUGGUUAGUUGUUCUUCUCCAAGCUGUCCUCCAAACCUGAGAGUGGGUUUCCUGCCAUCCAGUGGUUCGGAGAAUGAGGUUUCGUGGGUUACCCUAGAGGAAGCUCAGACACAGCCUGAAAUUGAUUGGCAGAUUCUCACUUUCACUCCACCUUCUGAUGAGGACAACAGCCAAUACCCUGGUCUGGACUUUGAUGCCAUAUUGUUGAAACCAAAGGAAGUGAAAGAGGGGACAAAACUACCACUCAUUGUCAACCCACAUGGUGGACCUCAUUCUGUGAUAGUUGCCGACUGGCUUUUGUCCCAAGCAGUUCUCUGCAAGAUGGGUUUUGGUGUCUUACAAGUCAAUUACAGAGGAUCUAUUGGCUACGGUCAGGACAGUAUCCUCUCCCUGCCUGGAAACAUCGGCACUCAAGAUGUGAAAGAUGUCCAGUUUGCUGUUGAGAGUGUUCUGACGCAAGGUGACUUUAACAGAGAGAAAGUUGCGGUUACUGGGGGCUCCCAUGGUGGUUUCUUGGCCUGCCACCUAAUUGGCCAGUACCCAGACUUCUAUAAGGCGUGUGUUGCCCGGAAUCCAGUCAUCAACCUGGCAUCUAUGAUUGGCAGCACUGAUAUUCCUGACUGGUGUAUGGUGGAAGCUGGAUUUGAAUACAGCACUAACGCCCAGUUAAACCCCACUAUCCUGGAGCAAAUGUUAAACAAGUCACCCAUAAAACAUGUGACACAGGUAAAGACUCCUGUGCUGCUUACCUUGGGAGAGGAUGACAAGCGUGUGCCUAAUAAGCAAGGCAUCGAGUACUACAGGUCUCUGAAGGCCUUGCAAGUGCCAGUCAGGUUGUUGUGGUACCCAGACAAUAACCACUCUUUGUCCAAAGUCGAUGCAGAAUCGGAUGGAUUUAUGAACAUUGCUCUGUGGAUCAUCCAGCACCUCGCUCUAUGAUUACCAGAGUUGGGGAAAUCAGGCUCUGAUGGGAUUACAUAUUUAAAAUACAAACACUAAAUAACUACAGAUUUUCACACGUUCAGAAAUUGUCACCAGUACGCUAAUGUAAAAAAUAAAGUGAUUUAAGGUCUACUUGUUAAACUCCUGAAGAGACAAGGAUGAGUCAUCCAAGUGGGGCCUUUCAAAAUUUAUUCAAUCACAGAGCACUGGUUAUGUUACACAUUCAAAAAUGUAAUCAGAAAUGUCUGUAAAUUUUAAUCCAAUACUUCCCUUCAAAGCAGAUGUACAUGUACAAUAGAAGAGUGAAAAGGAACACGCCAACUGCACCUCUUUCUCAAGUUUGUUAGUAUAGAGACCCUUAAAGUAAAAUAUCUGUCAAAGAUAAACUUAACUUUGUCCUGGUACGUAAGUGAUCAUGCGCUGUUUCUAUAAAUGUUCUGAAUGACUGAGAAAACUAGCCAAUCUGAUCCAAAGCCCUGAAUCUCUUAUAAAACCAAAGGUACUCUUGUAAACCAGCUGUAAACCAGCUGUCCUUGCCUGGUCCUGUGAUGCAAGUGGCAUAGAACUGCAAAAUGUUUUCCUUCUAAAAAACAUUUGCUGUGAUGAUGGGCUCUUUUCAGUAAUGAUGGUCUCUCUUUAGUUUGUGACUAUGCAAAGUAGCAGUUUAACUCUGUUUCCUGUUGGAUUCUUCCAGGCUGUCUAUCUAGCUGCUCUCACUAAUGAUUUUGGGUUGUUAAUUUGGGUCAUAUAAGUUAUUAGACUGGUUUAUUGUGUGUUCUAAAACUUUUACUGAAAGAGCUGCUUCAUCUCUAUUAGAAAAAAAAACGCUCAUCCUCUGCUCUGCUGCAACAUUAAUGAUUGUGUAUGAAGCACUUGGUUAUAAUUACUGAUUUUAUUUCUGGUGAUGUUUCUAUACUACCUGUUCUUUUUCAAAAUAAAUAUGUUUGUAUGGUUUAA